AUGAACGGCCAUAGCAGUCCUUUCAUCAACGCCACGGCGGACGGAACCAAUGGCGUCCACGCAACACCGCCUCCCAGCGAGCCUAAGACUAUGCCGCUGGCUAUUGUUGGUAUGGCCUGCCGCUUCUCUGCCGGGGUGAUCAGCCCGGACAAGCUUUGGGAGCUCGUAUCGCAAGGACGAGAUGCGUGGUCCGAGGUGCCCAGCGACAGGUUCAACCAGAAGGCGUUCUACCACCCCGAGGCCGAGAGACUCUCUACUUUACACAUGAAAGGUGGCUUUUUCCUGCAAGAAGAUCCGGGCGCGUUUGACUGCUUGUUCUUCAACUUGUCCGCCGACGUGGCAGCGGCCAUGGAUCCCCAGAUCCGAUUACAGCUCGAAGUCGUGUUUGAAGCGCUCGAGAGUGCUGGAAUCCCACUCUCCAAGGCCGUCGGUUCCAACACCUCCGUGUAUACCGGCUCGUUCACCAAAGACUACCAUGACCUGCAGCUGCGCGACCCCCUGCAUGCUUCGCGGGGUUUCGUCACGGGGAACUACGCCGCCAUGCUCGCCAACCGUAGUUCUCACUUCUUCGAUCUCAAAGGCCCUAGUACGGCGGUUGAUACGGGCUGUUCAACAUCCCUGAUGGGACUCCAUCUGGCCUGCCAAAGCCUGCGGUUCGGUGAUUCGGAUUGCGCGAUUGUGGGAGGUACCUGCCUCAACUUGAAUCCAGAUGCCUUUGCAAACUUGUCUACACUCCAGACCUGCGGCGCAGAAGGCAAAUGCUACGCCUUCGACCACCGCGCGCAAAGCUACGGCAGGGGAGACGGCAUUGCGGCCAUCAUCGUCAAGCGGCUCUCCGACGCCCUCCGCGAUGGCGACGCGAUCCGUGCGUGGUACCGGCGGCUGAUCAGCCAGUGCUACAAGACAGCGGGUCUAGAUCCCUUCGAUACGUCCGUUGUCGAGGCGCAUGGCACGGGAACUCGUGUCGGCGACCCUGCCGAGGCGAACGCCAUCGGAGAGGCACUCGGCCGCCAUAGGCCUGUUGGUAGCCCGCCGCUCUAUGUGGCUUCCGUGAAGACGAAUCUGGGGCACACGGAGGCUGCGUCGGGGUUAGCUGCUGUUAUCAAGAUGGUUAUGUCCCUGGAACAUGAGCAUAUCCCCCCUAGUCUGAACUUUGAGAAGGCGAACCCCGAAAUUGACAUGGAAGCGUUGCGAAUCAAGGUUCCUACAAGCCUCAAACAAUGGUUAUCACGGGGUGUUCGACGAGUCUCUGUAAACAACUUUGGCUAUGGCGGAACAAACACGCACGUCAUCAUGGAAGAAGCCGGACACCUCGCCUCGCUAAACCAGACGAGCGGCGGCAGCUCCAGCGCAGAACGUCCAAGCCGGCAUUUGUUCCUCCUCAGCGCGCGGGACAAGGCGGCGGUGAGCAAAAUGGCCGCCAACCUGCGGGAACACAUCGAGCGACAGCCCGACACGUACGCCGACGCUUCGUUCGCCGACUUGGCAUACACUCUGUGCGAGCGACGGAGCAAGUUCCCGUGGACCUGGUCGACUUCCGCUGCCGAUGCAACGGAGCUCGUGGCGGCCCUGGCAGACACUUCGAUCCCGCCUGUCUCAAACAUGGGCACUGCGCCGCGUUUGGGCUUUGUCUUUAACGGCCAGGGCGCGCAGUGGUUUGCCAUGGGUCGAGAGCUAGCGGCUGCGUACUCAGUUUAUGCGCAGACUCUGGACGAGUGUGAUAGAAUAAUCCACUCGUUUGGUGCAAAUUGGUCUCUAGUCGAUGAAGUUAGCCGCGACAAAGAGACGUCGCGUGUCGACGAGGUCGAGUUCAGCAUGCCGCUAUCAUGCGCCGUCCAACUCGCCCUGGUCCAGUUGCUGCGAUUCUUCGGCGUCGAGCCGACAGCCGUGACAGGUCACUCGAGUGGAGAGGUCGCGGCUGCCUUCGCUGCCGGCGCCAUAAGUCUGGACGAGGCCAUGGCAUGCACCUAUUUCAGGGGCUCCAUCAACGCCCGGCACUUGGAAGUCGGUCCCUGUGGCAGCAUGAUGGCUAUUGGACUGGGCCUAGUGGAAGCUCAGACGUACCUUGACGACUUCACUCGCAGUGAUGACUCGGACUCCGGCAAGGUCGUCGUCGCUUGCGUGAACAGCCCGUCAAGCGUGACCUUGUCCGGUGAUUUGUCGGCCAUCCGAGAACUGGAGGCCAGGUUUACUGCUGAUAGCAUCUUUGCUCGCAGGCUGAGAGUGCAGGCGGCAUUCCACUCUCACCACAUGCUGCCACUAGAGGAAGAGUACCGCCGAGUGCUAGUACAGCACAUGAACAGGGGAAAGGAUAGGGCCUUCGCACACGGCGUGAUAUUCGUGUCCCCUGUAACAGGGAAACGGAUCGAUGAUGCCAACCAACUCGGCCCGGAGCACUGGAUGCGGAACAUGACACACCCGGUACUCUUCGCCCAGUCUUUCCAGAACAUGCUGGCCCCAUCCGGCAGAUUCUCAAAGGUGCACCGGGCGCUCAAAAGCCUUCCCGUUGUGUAUGCGUCCAGUCUCGAGCGGGGCACGGAUGCCGUGCGCACCAUCCAGACUCUAGCUAGUCUCCUCGUGAAAAGGGGUUACCCCGCCAACACAUCUCAUAUCAACGCGCCUCACGGGGAAAAGGGGCUCCGAGCCAUUGCCGGUCUCCCGUCAUAUCCGUGGAACCACACCCAACGGUUCUGGCACGAGUCACGCACAAGUGCCGACCACAGGUUCCGCCCGUACCCGUCGCAUGACUUGCUGGGGACGCGGGUUACGGGCACGAGCGACAGGUCCCCGAUCUGGAGGCACAUAAUUCGCGGCGGGGAGCUGCCUUGGGUGCACGAACACGUCGUUCAGGGCGACACGGUGUAUCCGGCCGCGGGCUUCAUCGCCAUGGCGAUCGAGGCAAUGCGCCAGCUUCACGACGCCGAUGCCGAUCGUGUCUCUGGAUACCUCCUUAGUGAGGUGGAGAUUCUGAAAGCGUUGGUCCUCCCCGAGAGCGAAAAGGGGGUGGAGGUGCAGCUUUUCCUCGAACCAGCCAACGAAAAGACGCUGGCCUAUGGCAAACGCCUGUUUCGUAUCUACUCUGCCCAGUCUGAAGUAGAGGGCUCGUGGGCAAGGGGGCUCAUCGCUGUCGAGAAAACGACUGGAUCGGCAUUGGACUCGUCGCGUUUGCGGUCGACAAGCAGUAUCAAGUUCGACGCCGCCUACCCCAGGAGCAUGAACCCAAAAACUCUGUACGACGCAUUGCAAGCUGUCGGCGUUAGACAUGGCCCGUCUUUCCGGAAACUUUUGCAUGUUCGCAGAGGCGAGGACGAGUCGACCUCAACAUUCGAGAUUUGUGACUCGGCGGCCCUGAUGCCAUAUAAAUACCAACAGACCCAUGUCAUCCACCCCAUCACGCUCGACGCUGUCUUCCAAGCCGCCUACACGACUCUUUCUCCAGAGGCCCGAAAGAUGGUUGGUACAGCUGUGCCCACAUCUAUCAAGUCGCUGUACAUCUCCUCGGCCAUCAGCUCCAAGCCAGGAGACCGUUUUGACGCAUAUGCUCGCCUUCUCAACCAGCACCGCCAAGGGUUUGAAGUAGCCCUCGCUGUGCUCGAAGAAGGCCUGGAUGCAUCGGCGAGACCAUCUAAACCCCUCAUCGAGGUGGAUACUAUGAGGUUCACGUCUGUCGGCAGCUCCAUCUACGACUCCGACACCGGCCUAACCGCUGCGGCUUCCCAUAUCUGCGCCUUCAUAGACUGGGAACCAAGCCUCUCCCUCAACAACCCCGUAACUCAGUGGGAGAGCCGUCUCCAACGUCCAGCCGACCCAGCCGAGAAGACCGUCGCCCAGGACCUCAUCCGCGCAGCCUACUACCUCAUCGCCGACGCCGCCGCACAGCUCACCCCGAGCGACACGGCCAACCUCUCGUGGCACCACAAGUCCCUGCUCCGGUGGAUGCGCCUCCAGCUGCAGCUCGCCGCGUCCGACACCCUCGCGCCCCGCAGCUCGAGGUGGGCGCGAGCCACGCCCGGCGCAAAGGCCAUGUUCCUGGACCGCGUGUCCGGCGCCAGCACCAACGGCGAGCUGGUCGUCCGCGUCGGCCGCAACCUGCCCGCCAUCCUGCGCCGAGAGGUGGCGCCGCUGGAGGUCAUGCUCGAGGGCGGGCUGCUGUAUAGGUUCUACGGGGACAUGCUGCACUUUACGCACUCGACGGCGCAGCUCGCGCAGCUGGCGGGCGCGGCGGCGCGCGACAACCCGAGGAUGCGGAUCCUCGAGAUCGGGGGCGGGACGGGAGGAUGUACGGGGCCGGUGCUGGAUGUUCUCGGGGCGCUCAGUGGCGGUCGUGUGAAUGCCGUGGGGUUCGAGCACUACGACUUCACCGACAUCUCGUCGGGGUUCUUCCAGGCGGCACGCGAGCGGUUUGCGGAGUGGGGCGACUUGAUCAGCUAUGCCGCCUUGAACAUCGAGAAGGAUGUUGUCGAGCAAGGGUUCGAGGAGAAGAGCUACGACCUCAUCAUUGCGGCCCAGGUGUUGCACGCUACCAAGAGCAUGGCCGUGACGAUGCGGAACGUCCGCAGGUUGUUGAAGGACGGAGGCAAGCUCUUGCUGGUUGAGACAACCAGAGAUACCAUCGACGGGCAUCUGAUAUUCGGAACCCUGCCCGGUUGGUGGUUAAGCGAGGAGCCGGAGAGGAAGCUGAGCCCCAAUAUGUCCCUCGAGACGUGGGAACCCAUCCUAAAGGGCGCCGCCGGCUUUACAGGCCUGGACCUGAACGUGUGGGACUGUCAAGACGAGCAACAUCAGAUGAUGAGUGUCAUCAUGUCAACGGCCAUCCCUGAAACUCGGCCAGUAUAUGAAGACCAGGUGGCUCUUGUCUACGAUAAAACGACACCACCACCACCACCACCCUCCGAAUGGCUGCAAGGCCUUGCAGCGAGCAUCAAAAAGAUCACCGGCGUGACGCCCCCUUUGGCAGAACUGACGGAGCUCGACGUCAAGGGGAAGAUUUGCAUCUUCCUGUCCGGGCUCGACGGCGCGCCGCAAAAGAUAGACGGGUCCAACUUCGAGGCCAUCAAGUCGCUCACGACCAGCUGCAAGGGCCUCCUCUGGGUCACCUCCGGGUCGGCUAUCGACUGCCCCGUGCCGGAGAACGCUCUACAUACCGGCUUCCUCCGCACCUGCCGAGCCGAAGACGGGAGCCGUCGGUUGGUGUCGCUCGACCUCGACCCGGCCCGGGAGCCAUGGGAUCCGGUUUCUCAAGCUGUCAUUGCCAAAAUUCUAGCCACCGCCUUUGACGACUCCGAGUCCACCAACAACUCCACUCCUCCAGGGGAAUUUGAGUUCGCCGAGCGCGGAGGCACCAUCCUAGUCUCCCGGCUGCGCCGCGACGCAACCGAGAGCGCAUCCUACGCCAACACCCCCGGUGAGCCCGAGAUGCAACCUUUUGUACAAUCGGGCCUGGACGGCCGACAACUGAAGCUAGAAGUCACGAAGCCAGGACUGCUCGACAGCAUCGUCUUCCGAGACGACGAGGACGCCGGCCAGCCGCUGCCCGACGACUGCGUGGAGGUGCAACCGCGCGCCUACGGCAUCAACUUCCGCGACGUGAUGGGCGCGAUGGGCCAGCUCGACGAAAGGCAAGAGCUCGGCGUCGAGUCCGCCGGCGUCAUCACCCGCGCCACCGCCGGCGCCGCGGCCCGCGGCCUCUACGUGGGCGCCAGGGUCGUCGCGCUGACGCCGCACGGGCACAUCGCGGCGCGGGUGCGCGCCCCCUGGACGUCGGUCGCGCCCAUGCCCGACGACAUGGAGUUCUGCGAGGGGCUUGCCAUCGGCGCCGUGUUCGUGACGGCCUACUAUUCCAUGUUCGAGGCCGCGCGACUGGAGCUCGGCGAGACGGUGCUGAUCCACGCGGCGUCGGAGGGGCGUCGGGCAGGCGUGCAUCAUCCUCACGCAGUGGAAGGGGCUCGAGGUGUUUGCCACCGUCGGAACGCCCGAGAAGCGCGCGUUCCUGACGCGGACCGGGGCGUCGACGUCGUGAUCAACUCGCUCGCCGGCGCACUUCUGCAUGAGAGCUGGGGCGUCCUGGCAACCCAUGGCAGGUUCAUCGAGAUCGGGAAGAAGGACAUCCACCGCAACAUGUCCCUGGAUAUGGCGACUUUCCGGAAGGCUGCGAGCUUCAUUGCCGUCGACGUGGUGCAGCUUUGCGACUACCGGGGCCGCGUCGUGCACCGGGUGCUAGCCGCGGUCAUGGAGCUACUAAGAAACAAGACGAUCCGCAAUAUCGCACCCAUUGUCACGUAUCCCAUGGCCGAGAUCGGCCGCGCUCUGCGAACCAUGCAGGCCGGGAAACACAUGGGCAAGAUCGUGGUGGUGCCUGGAGUCGGCGAUAUGGUCAAGACCCUUCCUAGGAGAGACGCUGCACGGUUGUCUCCAGAUGCCUCUUACCUCAUCGUUGGGGGAUUGGGUGGUAUCGGCCGGUCAAUCGCGCGCUGGUCCGUCGAUCGUGGGGCCAAGAACCUCAUCCUGCUCUCGCGAAGUGCGGCCACUGGUCCGCACUCACAGGCUCUGGGGGAGGAGCUAACCGCCAUGGGAGCCAACGUGGUGACCAAGAACUGUAACGCCGCAGACAUGGCCAGUCUGAGAUUUAUCCUCGAUGAGUGUGCAAAGACGAUGCCUCCGGUGAGAGGUGUAAUUCACGGUGGCAUGGUUCUCAACGACUCCAUCCUCGAACUCAUGACCCCCUCCCAAUGGCAAGAAGCCCUCGGCCCCAAAGUCACAGCAACCCAGAACCUCGAAGCUCUCUUCCCCGGCCCCUCGUCUCUAGAUUUUUUCACCAUCCUCUCCUCCGCCAUCGGCGUCAUAGGCUCCGCCUCCCAGUCCAACUACUCGGCCGGCGGCUCCUUCCAAGACGCCGUGGCCCGCCGCCGCGCCUCCCGCGGCCUGCCCUGCGUAACCAUCAAUCUAGGCAUGGUCGACGGCGUCGGCUUCGUCGCCGAGUCCGACGCGACCGUGGCCGAGCGCCUCCUCGGCAGCGGCCAUCGCCCGCUCUCCGAGACCGACAUGCACCAGCUGAUCGACUACGCCGUGCGCACCCCGGUCCGCUCCGUCAGGACGGCACAGGUUGUCGCCGGCCUGGCCGGCAGUGCGAUUCGUCGGCAGGGGCCCGGGUGGACGCGCGAGCGCCGGUUCGCGCCCCUGCGGGACGAUGACGCUUCUGGGGGGCGCAACGCGGCGGGUCUGGCGAGGGGGGGUGGCUCCGGGUCGGUCGGUCUGAAGGAGCAUCUGGCUGGUGCGCAGAGUGCCGAUGAGGCUGGAGGGCUGGUGGAGAGGGCGGUGGUCGGCAAGCUGGCUGACAUGUUUGUGAUUCCGGAGCAGGACAUCGACGCCACGCAGCCGUUGGCCAAGUAUGGUGUUGACUCGCUGGUGGCUGUCGAGCUUCGGAAUUGGCUCGUCCCCAUGACGCAGUGUGAGAUGUCCAUAUUUGACUUGUUGGGCGCUUCGUCGUUGAGAGAGUUGGCAAAGAAUAUCGUGGGUAGGAGUAGGCUUGUGUAUUUGUCCAAGUAA